AUGUCUUCCUCAAUCACGACCGCGAUCCCCACGGACCUCAUCGAGGACUGGUGCAUAACGCGCGUGGAGCUCUUCGACGGCACGCGGUACGAGUGCGCAGACGGUAAGCCGGAGUGGCAGGCGUCCGACUUCCAGACGUUCUGCUGCAACGGGCAGAUCCUGAACACGGCCUGGGACAUAUGGCGUGGCGUCGUCAAGGGCGGGAACAACUCCGUAGCCCUGUCCGACAUGAUCUGCUGCGGGAACUCCGGGCCCGAGCAGGGCGGCGUGCUGCCCUUGCCCACCGCGUACACGACGUGCUCGGAAGGGUCGCCGACCCCGCUGGCCAGCGUCGCGGGCACCAACACCGACAACGCGGUCCCGUUCCUCGUCACCUACACCUCGGCCAGCUUCGGCGCCGGCACCGUCGUCGGCGACUACAUCCCCACCGAGACCCCCACCUGCUUCUGGGCGUACACCAAAGGCCUCGGGACCACGGAGAUCACGCUCCCGGCGCCGGACAUCACCACGCUGCCGCCGGCCGAGACGGACAUUUGGGGGUUUACGACGAACACCCCGAAGCCGACGACUACGACGAGGCCGAUAUCGACGACUGGUAGCGCCUCAGAGGUCACGGGGACGUCGACGCCUUCGUCUGCGUCGGCUGUUGCGGGCAUGAGGAAGGGGUAUAUGUACCUCGGCCUAGGCUUCAUGACCACGAUCCUACUAUGGAGCUGA